UGCCUCUAUCCGAUUGCAACACUGGGCUCUAGAUAGGCACAGCUCUUCAGGCCAUCAUCACAUGGUAAAUGUGAGGCUGCUGCACGCUGCAGCCCUUCUUGGUCAAGGAGCAAUUCUUGGAGAGAAAGCAUGCCGAGGUACACAGUGCACGUCCGAGGAGAAUGGCUGGCAGUGCCAUGCCUAAGCUCCACAAACACCAUUGAGUGGCUGGGAAAGGAAGCUGUGAGACGGUACAUGAAAAACAAACCUGACAAUGGGGGAUUUGCCUCAGUGGAAGAAGUAAAGUUUUACAUUCGAAGGUGCAAGGGACUUGGCUUGCUGGAUCUUGAUGAUACGGUGGAGGAUGCUCUAGAAGACAAUGAAUUUGUUGAAGUUGUUAUAGAAGGAGAUAUAAUGUCUCCAGAUUUCAUACCAUCUCAGCCAGAAGGAGUUCAUUUAUACAGCAAAUACCGAGAACCAGAACAAUAUAUUUCUUUAGAUGGCAACAGCUUAACAACGGAGGACUUGGUCAAUUUAGGAAAGGGACUCUACAAGAUAAAGCUCACACCUGAAGCUGAAAUUAAAGUCAAAAAAUCACGAGAAGUGAUUGAACGGAUCGUAAAGGAACAGACGGUUGUUUAUGGAAUCACCACGGGUUUUGGAAAGUUUGCCAGGACUGUCAUCCCAAACAGUAAUCUGAGAGAGCUUCAAGUGAACUUGGUUCGUUCACAUUCUGCAGGUGUGGGGAAACCUUUGACCCCAGAGAGAACUCGCAUGCUGUUGGCACUGAGAAUCAAUGUCCUAGCCAAAGGAUACAGUGGAAUAUCCCUAGAAACCCUCGAGCAAGUUAUUGAAGUAUUUAAUGCAUCCUGCCUUCCUUAUAUCCCAGAGAAAGGGACAGUUGGAGCCAGCGGAGACUUGGCCCCUCUCUCUCAUCUUGCUCUGGGAUUAAUUGGAGAGGGAAAGAUGUGGUCCCCGAAGAGUGGCUGGGCUGAUGCUAAAUAUGUCCUGGAAGCCCAUGGACUGAAACCAAUUACCUUGAAACCAAAAGAGGGUCUAGCUCUCAUCAACGGGACACAAAUGAUCACCUCACUGGGAUGUGAGGCGGUGGAAAGAGCUGGAGCUAUAGCGAGGCAAGCUGACAUCAUCGCUGCCCUUACACUGGAAGUCCUGAAGGGUACAACAAGGGCCUUUGACACUGAUAUCCAUGCAGUGCGCCCGCAUCGAGGGCAGGCUGAAGUGGCCUUUCGAUUCAGGUCCCUUCUAGAUUCUGACCAUCAUCCAUCAGAAAUAGCAGAGAGCCAUCGAUUCUGUGACCGAGUUCAGGAUGCGUACACAAUGCGCUGCUGCCCUCAGGUCCAUGGAAUUGUAAAUGAUACAAUUGCUUUUGUGAAGGACAUAAUAACGACGGAAAUCAACAGUGCCACGGACAACCCUAUGGUGUUUGCUGAAAGAGAAGAGACCAUUUCUGGAGGAAAUUUUCAUGGUGAAUAUCCUGCAAAGGCUCUGGACUAUUUAGCAAUUGGUGUGCAUGAACUCGCUGCAAUUAGUGAAAGAAGAAUUGAGAGGCUCUGCAACCCCUCACUCAGUGAACUGCCUGCAUUUUUAGUCACUGAAGGAGGUCUGAACUCUGGCUUCAUGAUUGCACACUGCACAGCAGCUGCCCUGGUGUCUGAGAACAAAGCCUUGUGCCACCCCUCUUCUGUGGAUUCUCUCUCAACCAGUGCUGCUACAGAGGAUCACGUGUCCAUGGGAGGAUGGGCUGCAAGAAAAGCUUUGAGAGUUAUUGAACAUGUGGAACAAGUUCUGGCCAUCGAGCUGCUCGCCGCCUGCCAGGGCAUUGAAUUCCUCCGCCCUCUGAGAACGACAACCCCAUUGGAGAAGGUCUACGACCUUGUGCGCUCCGUGGUGAGGCCCUGGAUAAAGGAUCGCUUCAUGGCCCCAGACAUUGAAGCAGCUCACAAGCUGCUCGUGGAACAGAAGGUGUGGGAAGUGGCUAAACCUUAUAUUGAAAAGUACAGGAGGGAACACAUCCCUGAAUCAAGACCCAUUUCACCUACAGCUUUCUCCCUGGGAUCUCUGAGAAUGAGUGCAGAUGAUAGUCAUGACCACAGGCAUCAGAAUGAGCUCUAAGAGUUGUGAUCCUCUGGAAGAGAGCAGAUCCUUUCCAUAACCUUACCUGAGCAUGGCCGUUCUACUCACACUCAAUGUGGUUUCUCCAGGCGACCUAGAGGACCUCACUGUCUAGCUCAGAAGCACAAAUAGAUAGUAAAGAAAAGUCUCGCUGCUUUCCUCAUGUGUAAAAGACACCUUUGUCGUGAUAGUGUGGUGUUGACUGAAUUUCAUGAACUUCUGAAUACAAAUCAUUCAGACUCCUGAUGAAACCAGUAUUUGUUUUGUCAACAUUUCGUUUGUUUUCUCUCCAUCUGUGCCAAUGAUACCAAACAGCCUAUGAUUGAUAUUCUUAACUUUUUUCCCUCCCCCUUUGGGUAACUGCUAUGAUCCCUUUCCUUUUACCAGAAGCAAGAUUAUCUUUACUCUUAGUUAUUCUCUUCUGCAGGACAUAUGUGAGGUAUAGGCUCUUGUAUAACAGGAGCAUUUUUAUAGCAGGUGCUUCACAAAUCAGGAAAGCUGUGUGCAUAGGAAUGUGCUGUGGAGAUCACUGCUCCAGAACAAAUAUGUUAGAUUCUGGUGAUGGACUACAUUUAAUACAGCUUUCCAAGAGCUAUGGCCUCACACCCACAAUCAAUAAACUGAGGCUUCACAUAUGGUUGUAGCAAUCAA